GGGUCCGCCCCUCCGUUUCCCCCCCAUUAAUUCUCUAGGAUGCCGAACUAAAUCCUGCGGACCUCCUGGCUGCUAGCUCCUUUUCCAGCCCCUGCUUUAUGCACCCUCCCCUCCCAAACUGGCACAUAUCAGGAAAAAUGUUUGUUGUACGGGGGCCUCUCGCGGGGAGUUCCCUUCUCACUCAGUUUCCGUACUCUGCAUCCUUUUCUUCAGCUUGAGGAGGGUCCGUCUGUCCCAUCAUGCCAAAGAGGAAAGUGACCUUCCAAGGCGUGGGAGAUGAAGAUGAUGAGGACGAAUUCAGUGUCCCCAAGAAGAAGCUGGUGGACCCUGUGGCUGGGGCAGGGGGUCCUGGGAGCCGUUUCAAAGGCAAACACUCUUUGGACAGCGAUGAGGAGGAUGAUGAUGAGGAGGGAUCCAGCAAAUAUGACAUCCUGGCUUCAGAGGAUGUAGAAGGUCAGGAAGCAGCCACACUCCCCAGCGAGGGGGAUGUGCGGAUCACACCCUUCAACCUACAGGAAGAGAUGGAGGAAGGCCACUUUGAUGCUGAUGGCAACUACUUUCUGAACCGGGAUGCUCAGAUCCGAGACAGCUGGCUGGACAACAUUGACUGGGUGAAGAUUAGGGAGCGGCCACCUGAUCAACGCCAGGCCUCAGACUCAGAGGAAGAGGACAGCCUGGGCCAGACCCCAAUGAGUGCCCAAGCCCUCCUGGAGGGACUUCUGGAACUGCUGUUGCCCAGAGAGACAGUGGCUGGGGCACUGAGGCGUUUGGGGGCCCGAGGAGGAAGCAAAGGGGCCAACAAGGGGACUGGGCGGCCCAGUUCCCCCCAGCGCCUGGACCGACUCUGCGGGUUGGCUGACCAGAUGGUGGCCCGGGGCAACCUUGGUGUAUACCAGGAAACGAGGGAACGGUUGGCCAUGCGCCUGAAGGGGUUGGGGUGCCAGACCCAGGGACCUCCUGAUCCCACGCCCCCACCCUCUCUGGACAUGUUUGCUGAGGAAGUGGCAGAGGAGGAGCUGGAGACCCCAACCCCUACCCAGAGAGGAGAAGCAGAAUCGCCAGGAGAUGGUCUGGUGGAUGUGAUGUGGGAGUAUAAGUGGGAGAACACAGGGGAUGCUGAGCUGUAUGGGCCCUUCACCAGCACCCAGAUGCAGACCUGGGUGAGUGAAGGCUACUUCCCAGAUGGUGUUUACUGCCGGAAGCUGGACCCCCCAGGUGGUCAGUUCUACAACUCCAAACGCAUUGACUUUGACCUCUACACCUGAGCCUGAGGGCCCAGUUUGGUGAUCCCUUCUUUCCUGGACUUUAUGGAGGAGGCCCCCCUGCCUCAGGCAGUGAGGAUAUUGGAGGCCACUUUUCAGUUAAUGUCCCUUUCCCAAUAAAAGCCUUUAGUUGUAUAAUAGG